UCAAUGACCGCGCGACGUAUCACGACAGAAGAGGAAGCCAAAGCCGCGCUCGCCGAGCGUCGGCGCCGCGCCAGGGAGGAGCUGGAGCGCCAGGCCGAACUCGAGAGGCAACGGUUGCAGCGCGAAGCAGAAGAAGAAGCGGAAAGACAGCGGCAAGAGGAAGAAAGACAGCGACGCGAGGAGGAAGAGGCAAGAGAACUCGCCGCGUUACAGCGCCGCAUGGAGGAAGAGAAGCUUAGGAAAGCUAUUGAGGCACAACAGCAACUAGAGCGCGAAGAGUCAGAGAGGCGCGCCAAAGAAGAAGCUGAAAGGAAAGCGCGACUCAAAGAGGACGAAGAGAAGAGGAAAGCGGCGGAAGAGGCCGAGAGGCUUCGGCGGGAGGAGGCCGAGCGCGAGGAGAAGGAGCGCCUCGCGCGCAAACAGCGCGUCGAGGCCAUCAUGGCGCGCACCAGGCUCAAGAAGCAACAAGAAGAAGAGAAGAAGCAACAGGAGAACAAGGCCGCGCCCGCGCCCGCGCCGCUUGACAAUGGGAAUGCGGUCGCCACCGGCGACCUGCUCGGCCUGCCUACUAGUCAGUCCGCGGAGGCUCCGCAGGCGGCGGAGCCGGCGCGCAACAACGGCAACGCGCACGCCGACCCGCUGGGGCUGUCCCGACCACACGACACUGAGGACACGAGCCAAGAGCAGUCGGCCAAGCCCGUCCCGGAAGCUAGCAACGGCAACCACCCGGCGCGCGUCUCGGCCGCCUUCAUCCAGUCCGAGCUGAGGGGCGAAGCCCUAACCAAGGCCGAGGACUACGCCGCGCACAACGGGCACAACGCGGCGCACCCGCUCACGCUGCAGAACGCCAUCUAACGGCCAGCGGUGGCACUAGCAAGGAUCAUGUCGGCCCAAGGCGUAGAUAUUGGCUGGUUUGUGAAAGGAGGUUAGAUUUGCGGCUGGUUUGUUA